CGGAGGAUCUCAUGAUUUCGUCAAAGCAUAUUCUGACCUUCAGAUCUUCCGGGAGGCAACCGCGGCAUCUUCUGUGAUGGUGGCCCGGGCCGCCAUGUGGAACCCCUCGAUCUUCAGGAAGGAAGGACCUUUGCCCCUGAAGGAUGUCAUGCAGGAAUAUAUCAAAUACGCAGUGAGAUACGAUAAUCAUUAUACCAAUACUAAGUAUUGCUUGUGCCAGAUGUUAAGGGAGCAAUUAGAAAAUGCACAAGGAAAGAAGUUGCACGCUGCACAGUCUUUACAGGAAAUCUGUGAAGUUUUCGAGAUGAGUAGUUUCUUCCAAGAAGCAUCUGAUUUGCUAGAAAAGAAAAAAGUUUUGCUACAAGUCAAGAGCCCAAAUAAUAAUGAUGAUCACAAUGAAGACACAGAUGUCAUCAAAAUGGCAGUUAAGUUUGAUAAACGAGAGUAUCCCCCACAAAUUACCCCCAAAAUGUACCUUCUGGAAUGGUGCAGGAAAGAGAAGCUGCCUCAACCUGCUUAUGAAACAAUCGAAAGACCGCAGGAUCGACUGUUCUGUUCCGUUGUGACUGUUGCUGGGCAAAAAUACAGCUCAACGUUAUGGGAAAAAUCCAAGAAACUAGCAGAGCAAGCGGCAGCUAUCGCCUGUUUAAGAACUCUGGGCCUCCCCGAAGGCAAACGCCAUGAGAACGCCAAUCACGCCUUGCUUAACAAGCGCAAGAGGCAAGACCGGAAACUUUCGGACUGUAAUGAAGACAGAGAAAGCUUUGUGGUCGACGCCGUUUGCAAAAAACCUCAUUUUCUUCCCAAAGAAUCCCUUUGCCACAGUUCCUAAUCACCCCACUACCCUCCCUGGCAUUUUACAACUAUGCAGCUCUCUGGUUUGGUCCAAAUUCUCUGCCCUUUGUUUUUCUUGGAGGCCAUCAGAUGGAACAGCUAAAUUUGAAUUUUGGUCCAUAUGCCUUGAGAUAGGCAGGGAAUCUCAUACCGUUUUUUUUAAUUUUUGCACCUUUUAAUUGGGGCAAUUAAUCCUUUUGCGCCAGGGGCCCCACCCUUUUCCGUCUCCAGGAGUCACAGAGCAGGCAUUCCUCAAAUUCUUUAUUUCGGUUGUCGUCCUCUCGACAGAUCAUUAAACCUUGCAAGAUAUCGGC